GCGUUAAUUUUUGAUUUAAUAACUACGUCGAAUUUCAAGGCACACAAUAUCUUUAAUUUCCAAUAAUAAUUAACACGAUUUCACUAAUUUACAUUUUAACCAACACAUAAAUAAUCUGGCUAGCCCAGCUGCAUGCCAAACAGCACAUCAGUUUGGUAUAUCCAUUCAUUAAUCAAUUUUCCUCACUGUUUUUAACAAGGAAAAAAAACAGAAAUUGAAUUAGACCGGUUUUCAGAAAAAUUAGCAAAUAUAUUAUAAAUUCUGCAUUUGUAGUAGUGGUAUGCCGCUUCACAAUAAUUAUGUAAAAAAGUGUUCAUUUAAUUAUUAUACAUCGUCAUUAUGGCAAAGCGUUUCCAGCCUUUCAAGGAGUUCGGUCGAAGUACAAAAAAACCAAAAUUGGAUGUAAGCAUAAACAAAGGUCGUCCCUUAGGACCCAGUCAAUCUUGGCCAAACCAUAUACGUUCAAAUGCUGCAGAGUUGAACCCCUUAGACAGUCCAGCUCGCAAUAGCCUAAACAAUAACAACUUGUGGGACGAUGAUGACGACGAUGUAAUACUGCUGGCCACUCAGGUGGCCGAAUCGCAAGUGGCAAUUAAGAGCGCAGCACUACCAAAUAUAACUGACAGUGAAAUUACCUUCAGUGAAUUUGCACCACAUGUGCAUGCCACAACCAGCACACAGCGAAUUACAGCGACAUGUGUCGCGGUUAAAUCCACGGUUAGUGCGCCACCGGCGAUGUUGGAUAAGCACAAUCUAUCCGAUUUAUUUGCUGAUGACGAAGACUUUGCAGAGCUGUUAGACGCAGCCACAAAUGAGAAAACAACGCAAAGUGUAAGUCAACCGCGGCAAAUAGAGGAGCCGGCUGAUGUGUUUAAAAAACCGAAUGAACUGGUGAAUAAAACUAGUGGAGUAAGUAAUAGAGCGCCAACAUCGUCAAGUCAAACUCAUGCGCCAGAGGGGAAAAGCGUAGCAGCACGUCGCCAAGUAGCAAUGGAGAGGCAAGUGAAAAUGCUGAUGGAACGUUUGGACAUAUUGAAGGCGGAAAAUACAAAACUUGCUAAAGAUCUCAGUGAUUCAAAGGCGAAAAUCGAAAGCAAGGAUGGAGAGUCCUCAUUGUUGCGCGAUGAGCUGCGACACAUGAAAAACCAGUUGCAAACUUUGAAAAUGGAAAAAAUUAUGAACGCCGAAGCAGCACAAAGGGAAUGUAAAAUCAAAAUUGCCGAAUUGGUAGAACGCGUGGAGGUUAAGGAAUCCGAAUUGAAAUUGCGCAACGUAGAAUACUCUGUGUUGAAAAUGAGGCAUGCCGAUGAAACUCAACGUCUGGAAAUGAGCAUACGCAACGCUAAUGUAGCAGGCGACGCCCCUAUGGAUGGAGGUGUCGAAAAAGUGCAAGAUCCAUUCGAUGCAAGUAUACUUUACCGGCUUCGCGGUCUAUCUUUGACAACAUCACUGGGCAGGCUCUCGCAUUCGCGUCUCAUCGAAUUGAGUACCAACGCCUAUGAGUGCACACAAGAGCGUGGCAUCUCGAAACGUCAGCACGCACCAUUUCAGCAAGAGUUGGCCAACGCACAAACGCUGCUAGCUGAAUUGCAAUUGCAACAGAAAAAACGCUCUUGGGGAAUGGCUGAAGCAACAGCUUUUAGUGAACGCGCUAUCGCAUCUGUUUGCAGAGUGUUUCCCGAACUUUGGACAUAUGUGCACGGACUAGAGUUUCCCAAGCACUGCAACGUACAUCCUUUUCACAAUUAUGAUCUGCGCAAAGACGAUUACAACUAUCCAACUCGGAAUUUGCAUGCAGCGCAAGAAUUAUAUAAGGACGAGCGUGCGCUUAGUUUGCGCCGUUACGUGGCGGCGCUAAGCGUCAUGUGUGCUGAGUCGCCACAUUUUGCACAGCAGUUACUGAUAAAACGGCAUGGCGAAUAUGCAUUGCUGGAGUUGGCAUGUCAUGCCAUUUCGAAAUUAGGUUACUCAAGCGAGAUCUGUGCACACUUUGGCGUACUAGAAGCAUUUGCUGCGCUAUUGCGUGUGCUGCUGCGACAGGUACCUCCAGAUGACGAUAAGUACAUCGAAUUGCUGGUAGGUGGUCUCCUAAAACAGCUGAUAUUUGUGCGGCCAAGUGCGUGGGUAUUCCAGGAGAUAUCCUUUUGUGUGCUAGAACUGACGCGAAAGCCAGCAGCCUUAGCGCUAAUCUGCGUUAAUAGUGAUGAGGGCACCUUCUAUAGUGAUCGUAUGCGUUCCAUUUAUCGUUUUUCAAACGAUUCUUGUAUGUUGCAAGUAUAUGCGGGGCUGUUGGAGAUAGCAUUCCCGCUGAAUGGCGUAUUGAGCGAAGCGCAUCUGCGGCUGCUGGCUGUGAUCUGUGAAAAUCAUGUACGCUUUGCGCACUUCUGCUUUAUGAAACCGCCAGUAUUUAUGCACCAUUUAUUGCCCUCUUACGACGAUGUUGAUGAGGAGGAUGAACAACCAGUGAAUUUAACAGAGGAACGAAGUAGUAAGGAGUUAGUAGGCAAAAUGUCGAAUAGCAUUGGCAGUGCAUCAGUUGCAAAUGAUUCAUGUGAAAGGAGAGCUUCCACUUCAACCAUACAGGAUGCAAGUGCGCAGUCGAAGAAGCUAACUAGCGUUAAUGCUGGAGCUCGAUGUGAGUGCUAUACAAAGCUAUGCUUAAGUGUUGUAACGCUUCUGUUUCAGCUGCUGCGUCAGUGGCAGUGUAUGGGACGAAAAUUAGAAACACCACGCGUAGCUUUAGUUUCACAAAUAUCCGUCCAUUUGCUGCAUACAAUUUUUUGCGACAACCACACGACACAUCUAUUUCGCUAUGCCGAAGAUACCACAAAGCACUACCUAUGGUUGAUUUGCGAAUGGUGGUCGAAAAAUGCAUAUUGCUUGAAAUUUAAUAGUGUACAAAACAAUUUUCUAAACAAACUGCGUGCCUUUCACAUUAUGCCUAAGCAGUUGAAUGAGGGGGGUAAUGCUGCUAAUGUAAUAAACGACUUAAGAGAAUGGCAUUCUCUCACCAAUGAUAACACGCCAAACGGUAUUGGCGAAGAUGCUGUCGCUUCUGUCAAUCUCUCACUUGCUGCAGAAAAAUUAAAUAUAAUCCGUGCUGCUGGUGACGAGUCUAAAUUCUUUGAAGGUCUUAGAGGGUAUGCAUUCAAUUUUGAAUGAUACAAUGCAGCUGAACUGUGAGAUUACUGUGUAAUGAAGAAGUAAGAAGUCAUAUUUGUUAAAGGGUAAUUUGGCAAAAUCAAAAAACAAAAGAAAAAAGUCGAUUCGCACUAAAUUUUGUUAGUGCAUGGCGUUUAAGCUAUGGAUAUACAUAUUUUUUUAUUCACAAUUUUCAAAACUCUAUUCUUUGUGACUAAUAUUGAGAGUAUUUAUUUGUAGUUAUUAAUUUUUAAUGUAAUUUAAUGUGAAAUGUUAAAAAAAAAAUAAAAUGUUAAUAUACGAUGACGUGGAAUGCUGAAGAGGAAGAAUGAGUCCGAUCGUAGCAAACUUCCUUAAUUACUUGAAAAUUAAAUUGUAUUAAGCAAAACAAA